GCCGAAAUACAGGUCUGUUCUCGCGAACGCUGGGCACGCUGCCCAAGUCGAUCAUGAACUCGAACAACACCGCCAUCAACUCGAAGCGACGCAAGAUCCCGCUGAUGUUUGUUCCGCCCAGCACAAAGUCACCUCUCUUUGUCUACAACAACGAUGUCGACCAGCGAUCGUUUCUGAGUCUGGGAACAGGGUCACAGCUAGUAUCCGAGCACCAUUCGGCUGUUAUCGGCGAUACAGAGUCUGUCAUGAGCUCAAGGUCUUUGCCUUCUACGCUGGAGUACACUGAUGACGAACUGGACUCUGUGCACCAAUGGCUGGAGGAAGAGCGCCAAAGACGGAGCAUGACGGACCCGGGAUCUCCGUUUCCGAACUAUGGGGCCGCCAACGACACCGACGAGCUCAUGUCACAGGCUGACCGACUGUUUAAAGACCACGAGAGCGAUGUCUCGUAUACGGACGACAUGGGGCUGAAAGACGAGUCUGACGAGGACUUUGCGCACGAACGCGCCACCGUGGCAUCUGAGUCGCGCAAACUCGCACAGUACUCGUUUCCGCUGAUCCUGACGUUUGUUUUGGAGCAGAUAUUUUCACUUGUGUCGGUGAUAUUUGUUGGGCACCUGGGAAAACAGGAGCUAGCAGCAGUCAGCAUGGCUUCCAUGACGAGCACGAUUGUUCUUGCAAUUUACGAGGGAAUAGCGACGUCGCUGGAUACGCUGUGCCCGCAGGCGUACGGAGCCGGCCAGUACGCAAAGGUCGGCGUCCAUACGCAAAGAUGCAGCCUGUUUUCUCUGGUUCUGUACAUUCCGGCCGCUUUAUUUUGGUGGUACAGCGGCUCGGUGCUCGGCAAGUUUAUUGAUGACGCAGAGGUGGUGAAGCUUUCGCAGCAGUUUCUGCGAAUUCUGAUUUUGGGGGGUCCUGCGUACAUCCUUUUUGAGAACGGGAAACGGUUUCUACAGGCCCAGGAGAUCUUCGAGGCCGGAACUCUGAUCCUAUUCAUCACGUCGCCCAUCAACAUUCUGGUCAACUGGCUGCUGAUUUACUACCUUGGCUUUGGCUACAUUGGCGCCCCGAUCGCGGCCGUUAUCAACUUCUGGCUCAUGUUCAUUCUCCUCGUGCUCUAUGUGAUGUUCAUCGACGGAGAGGAGUGCUGGGACGGGUUUUCCAAGGACGCCUUGUCGCAUUGGUAUGAUCUGUCCCUGCUGGCUGUUCCGGGCACAAUCACGCUUCUUGCCGAGUCUCUGGCGUACGAGGUUCUCACGCUGCUGGCCUCGUACUUCGGGACAGAUGCGCUGGCCACGCAAUCGGCUCUUUCCAGCCUGGUUUCGCUGCUGUACAUGGUUCCCUUUGCGUUGUCGGUGGCUUCGUCAACCAGGCUGGCCAAUUUCGUCGGCGCAGGCAAUAUUGAUGCGGCCAGAAUAGCCACUCGCGUGGGGCUGUGUGCGUCGGUUGCUUGUGCCUCGCUGAGUUCCUGUUUUAUUCUGUUUGGACAAAAAUUUAUUGCACGUCUAUUUACUGAGGACCCGCAGGUUAUCAAGAUGAUUACGGGUCUAUGUCCGCUGGUGUCCGUGUUUGUGCUGUUCGACGGCCUCGCGUGCGUCGCCAAUGGACUGCUGAGGGCAUUGGCACUCCAGGCGAUCGGUGGAGUGCUCAGCCUGCUUGGCUACUACGUGGUGGCAGUUCCGCUCGCGUUUGUGCUGGCAUUCCAACGCGACAUGGAACUGGUCGGUCUGUGGAUUGGCAACGGCACAGGGCUGUUGCUGAUUGGCCUGGUGGAGCUGUUUGUGAUCUAUCGCGUUGACUGGGCCAAGAUCGUGGAGGUGGCGAGAAAACGCAACCAGGAUAAAUGAAUAUUAAUCAAUAGCUUUAUUUGUCUACACCACUCCUCUGUUCACUCUGAUUUCUCUCUUGUGGCCCUGGCCAAACACCGUCACCUUGUUUUCCGCCUCCAGGCGGCGUAGAACCUCGCUCAGAUCGAGAUUCUCGACUUUGGCCGAGGAUUGCUCGUUGAUCCUGUGCAACAGCACAUCGUACGCGAGCGAGCCGUUUGCGUCCAGCAGAUUGAACACCUGCUUGGAAAGGUCCUCCUUCAUCUUGCGCUCGGCCGACGUCUGUCCCGUGUUGACUAGGUCCAUGUCAAUGCGGCCCGUAAGCGGAUCGGUAGCAUAGUCCUUGAUCGCAGACUUGGUGAGUCUGACGGCCUCGUCGACGUCCUCGAGCUCCACGACGGGCGACAGCCGCAUUUUGGCGUGCGCCUCAGACAGCCUAAUCAUCGACUCCAGCUGUCUUGUGGUGGCUGUGAUCCGCUUCUCAGCAGAUCUCACGUCCUCGCCCAGCUUUCUCAUCUCGACGUAAGAUUUCACCAGCUGGUUCUUGGCCUCCUCAGUUAAAACAGGCGACACGUUUUCCUUGGCGUACUGAAUGUAGGAGCUCAACAGCUCGAUCGGCAAUAUUUCGUUGCUGGUGGCAGUCUGGAUGUUGUCCUCCAGAAACAUGCCAGCGAUGUGCCGGGCUAGCUGUGUGUCGAUUUUCUCGUCCACCUUGUCCAAAAUUAGGUACACGAGGUCAAAACGUGAUAGGAGCGGUGGUGGCAGAUCGAUGUUUUUCGUCACGGGCAGGUUCGGGUUAUAUCUGGAUUCGAUCGGGUUGGCCGAGGCCAGAAUGGAGGUUCUGGCGUUGAGCGUCGUGAUAAUUCCGGCCUUGGCAAUCGAAAUAGUCUGCUGCUCCAUCACCUCGUGCAACACAGACCGCGUGGACUCCGACAUCUUGUCGAACUCGUCGAUGCAGCACACUCCGCCGUCUGAAAGAACCAGCGCUCCGCUCUCCAGAACAAGUUGCUUGGUCUCGAUGUCUCUGGUCACAUACGCCGUCAGACCAACCGCAGAUGAGCCCUUUCCAGACGUGUAGAUUCCUCGUGGAGCAAUCUUGUGUACAUACUGUAAAAUCUGCGAUUUCGACGUUGACGGGUCUCCACAGAGCAGGAUGUUGAUGUCGCCUCUGUACCUGCCGCCUUUGGCGAACUUUUUAUUUGUGCCGCCAAAUAGCUGCAGCAGAAUUCCCUUCUUAACGUCAGACAUCUCAAAGAUUGACGGUGCCAGCGACCUGGCCAGCAACUCGUAAACAUCGUCUCUCUUUGCAAUUUCCUUGAUUCUGGCGAUCUCGUCCUCUGACAGCUUGCGCACCUCGUCUACCUCCUGCUGCUCUUUCAGCUCAUUUUCCAGUGUCGACACGUCG